AUGGAGUGGCCAAACUUUGACGACUCUACUCGGCCGUCCAGACACCUUACCUUCAGAUCCUACCACGACUGGGACGCACUACCCUCGCAACUCUCAACCGCGUGCUCCCAGGUAUACAGUGAGCACAGUUCCGAUAGUGGCACAUCAUUCGGCAGUCGCAAAAACGGCAGCAUGAACCGCGACAACGCCAGCUACCGCGGAGGACGUGGUGGUAGAAGCAGAUCCGGCUUCUCUGGUGCAAGAGGUGGCCGCAAAAACUCGAGCAGCUCCAGCAGUUCAAACGGCCAACAACACCCCGUCAUUAGACAGUCUCCCGCUCCUCAGAGCAGCGUGACACCACCAGCCCAUCACGGUCAAGGCAAUGCUCACGUCGACUCUCCUAUUACCCCAAACAAGCAACAAUCCUCAUACACCGUCAACGGGACCUCUAUUAGUGAAACCUACACUCCAAGCGGAAGUGCUCAUGUGCCGUCACCAAGGCCACGAACUGAGCCAUCUACGCCGACUCGAAGCAACUAUAUGCGCAAUACGCCCACCCAUCAGCACGUAAUACAGCAACCAGCUAUCUUGAAUGAUGCUACCUGGGCUCACCAGCAGGAGCUCAGGUUCAGACUGUUGGGGAUACCAAAGGCAUGCUGGACGAAGCAGGUCUACCAAGCAGUGUCUAGCUACGGCACUGUGGUACGGAUAAAGAUCCUGCCAGGGUCUCCCGAUAACGACGCAUGGGUUGUAUUUCGAGCUCCACUGUACAAGCAGCUGCCCUAUAAAGUACGUGUUGGGCAUGCUCUCGCGAGGUGUGAGAAACAUAAUGUUAUCGUGCGCAAAGUUCCCAGUCCUAUCGACCCCAAGAAGCAGUAUUGCGAAUUUAAUACGCUCCUCGCCAACACAAUCGACUUCGGUGCUACAGACGCGAAGAAGUCUAUGAUCAAAAUGCACAGUGUGCGGGCUCGCCGCAAUGUCCGACUCACGUUGAAUCUGGACCGCAAAGAGCUCGAUAUCCAGUUUCCCCAAGAUGUGAACGAUGAAUUGCGCAACUACCGCUUCCGACUUCCCAUUGCUCUUCUAUCGCAUAUUUACAAAGAUGCAGGCAGUGCUCCGGGUCAGGGAGCUCUGAUUAUCCCGUUCGAAUCUGCGCCACAGUUCUUUGUACAGAAACAACAAGUCGAGAUACUUUCCAAUGACAACGAUCAUACCAGCUUCUCAACGAGGGAAGAAACCUGGCUUGACUGGUACACCUGGUUCCGUGAGACUGAUAUAGUCGAAUCCGGUGUCAGGGCCGCUAUGCAGGAGAGACCUCUGAUGAACCACAAAGAUAUGGCUAUCAUUGAUAUCGGCCGAUGGACCACUUAUAGAAUUCUCCUCGACAACGCCAUAUUCACGAAACCACAAUACACCGAGUUCGCGAGUGCUCUCGCUGACUAUGGAGUCGAGAUCAAAGAUUGUUCUGACUAUGACAUCAAGAACAGAAUGGCUUCACCAUUGUGGAAGCUGCUGCAAGAGGAAACCUCUGGCACGCACCCACACCUUGAGGCCCCAACCUCCAGCUCUGGCUUUGACGAACUUUUCGCUGGACAAAUCUAUUUAUCCUUCCCGAUUCGAUAUCAACUGGAGGCGUGUUUGUCAAAUGGCUACCUUAAGGAGCAUACGGUCACAGCCGAGUUCCUCGAGCGGCUCGCGAAGAACCCUCGUCGGGCGGUAUACCUUCUGGAGAAAGUAGUUGAUAAACAAGAAACAUACUAUGAUCCUAUGGAGAUAUUCGAGAUUCGAACGAGAGGUAGUCUCGAGAAGAAGGUUCCCAGCUACUGCUUGCUACAACGGUCCGCCAUCAUCACACCGAGCACAAUACACGUUGCCUCACCCAUUAUGGAAACCUCUAAUCGCAUCACACGCGAAUACGCCGCGAUCGCAGAUCGCUUCCUACGAGUCAAGUUCUCUGAUGAGAAGACGGAAGGUGUUCUGCGCAGCAUACCGAAUGGUAAGGCAGACGCUACCUUUGAUCGAGUACGUCGAGCGAUGAAGAACGGAAUCGUGGUUGCUGGUCGUUACUACGAGUUUCUCGCAUUUGGCAACUCGCAGUUCCGAGAGCAUGGGGCCUACUUCUACGCGCCAACAUCCACCAAAUCUGCCGACGAUAUCAGAUCGUCGUUGGGACGUUUCGACCACAUCAAAACCGUUGCAAAGUUCGGCGCUCGACUCGGACAGUGUUUCUCAACAACGCGAGCCAUGCGAGUUAAAGUCACGAUCGUCAAGAUCCCUGACAUUGAGCGCAACGGCUACUGCUUUACCGACGGAGUAGGAAAACUUUCACUCUUCCUGGCACAAAUGGCCGCACAAGAGCUCGGCCUAUCCAAUGCAUUCGAUGACCCACCUUCACUAUACCAGUUCCGUCUCGGCGGCUGCAAAGGCGUCCUCGCUCUGGACCCCAAGAUCACUGGUAACGAAGUUCACAUUCGACCUAGUCAGCUCAAGUUCGAAGCAAAGUUCUUGGGCUUGGAGAUCAUCCGAUCAUCAGCCCUGGCAACUCCCUUCUUCAAUCGACAGAUCAUUGUCGUGUUGUCUGAUCUGGGUGUCCCUGACAAUGUCCUCAUUCAGAAACAACAAGAGAUGGUCAACGACUACGAGCAGGCUAUGACAGACAAGGAUACGGCAAUUGCAAAGCUACGCAAGCACAUCGACAUGAAUCAGACGACGCUGACCAUGGCGGGUAUGGUAAUUGACGGCUUCAUGGAAAGCCGCGAGCCAUUCAUGAUGUCGCUGCUGAGGCUUUGGCGAGCAGCCACAAUCAAGAACCUCAAAGAGAAGGCUAGGAUUGCGAUCGAAGACGGUGCCUUUGUUUUGGGAUGUGUCGAUGAGAGCGGUACAUUGAAAGGGCACCUCAAUGACCCGCAAUCAAGGUCCGAUGCAUCUCGCCAGGACAAAAUGCAGACUCUACCUGAGAUCUUUUUGCAGGUCGACGACACCGAAGCAAACAAGCGAGGCCACUACAAGAUCGUCAAAGGGGUCUGCGUUCUGGCGCGUAACCCAUCGCUUCAUCCUGGCGAUUUGCGGGUCGUUCGCGCAGUUGACGUUCCCGCUCUCCACCACCUCAAGAAUGUGGUAGUGCUCCCACAAACGGGCGAUCGUGACUUGGCCAACAUGUGUUCUGGCGGCGAUCUCGAUGGUGACGAUUACAUGGUACUGUGGGACAAGGACCUGAUACCAGAACUCAUCACACUGUCCGAUAUUAGCGAUUUCUUCGUCACCUACAUGCAGAACGACUCUCUCGGCCAGAUCGCAUAUGCUCAUCUAGCGCAAGCUGACGUCAACCAUGAAGGUGUCGGUUCCGGAACCUGCUUAGAGCUAGCUAAGCUCCACUCCCAGGCCGUCGACUAUCCUAAGAGUGGCAUACCAGCUCAGAUGAGUCAAGAUCUGAGACCAAAACGCUGGCCACACUUCAUGGAGAAGAAGCAUCUCCAAGCGCAUAAGAUUUACAGGUCGACUAGGGUCUUGGGCAAGCUCUAUGACCAAGUUGAGCUCGUUGAUUUCAAACCGCAGUGGGAAAAUGCCUUCGAUUUCCGCAUUCUCGAUGCCUAUGAGGUUGACGAAGAACUCCUGAGCAAAGCGACAGACAUCAAGGCGCUCUACGAUGAGGCAUUCAAGCGACUCAUGGCUAAGCACGGGAUUCGUACAGAGUUUGAGGCUUGGUCUGUCUUUGUGCUUGCCCACAACCAAGAGAGCCGUGACUACAAAUUUGCCGAGGAGUUCGGGCGGACCAUGGGGGCUCUAAAGGCCCAAUAUCAAGAGAUUUGUCGUGAGGCAGCUGAGAUGACGAAUGCAGCUGACUGGAACCGUCUCGGACCCUUCGUGGCAGCCAUGUACAAGGUGACGGGGAGAGAACUGGAAGCAGCGUUGGCAGAAUGUCGUGCAAUGAAAGUUGUCGGCGGACUAGAGGUUCCCGCUCGUCUGAUGGAUGCCGAGCAUAUGCCCUUGAUGUCUUUCCCCUGGCUCUUCCCCAGCGAGCUUGGUAAGAUUGCUACCAGGAAAGUUCACCACGUCAAGUCCCAUGCGUCAUUCCCUCGUUCUCUGCCUCACCGGAAGAAGCCGACGGGGCACUCUGGUACGGAUGUGGGAGACGUUGAGACAGAAGAGGGAACGGUACAUUACGGAGAGCUAUUGAAGUUGGAUUUUGGUAUGCAAGUUGCGGUGCAGCCUGCAGAACCCCAGCAUACAGCAAUCGAAACCAAGAAUCAGAAAAAGCAGGUGUAUCAGGAUGGAACAAAACAGAAGAAUGAGAAAGAGGAGAGCGGGCACGCGCAAGAGAAGGCGGACCAGGACAAGUCGAAGCAAAAGAAAGAGAAUCAGGACAAGUCGAACCAAGAGCGGGCAAAGAAUGACUCGCUUGGUCGUCUUGCUCUUGGAGGAACAUAUGUUCUGGGACCCGACGCUUCCAAAGUCCAGACUCAGACAGGGGUUGGGGAGGGAAACAUUAGCAGCGGAGGCGAGCAAGAAGGUCGCCAGCAGCAGGAUAGCCUGGAUGUCAAAGUUCCAAGCAAGAAGCCGUCAGUGCUGGAGAUGCUUUCGCGAUUUGGUUGA